AUGUCUUCCCAGAUCUGGCACAUCACCACGCUGCCCGGCGGACAACUCUCGGUCGACGUGUCACUGUACAAGACCUACAACGACAUCAGGCGGACGCUGACCAGGGAGGUCGGCGGCUCGGGAGCCUUGUGGAACUUCGCCUUCUCCGGCAGCUACUCUUACAAGAAGAUGCAGAACACCAUCACCAACACGUCCCGGUACAUUUGCGACUCGGCGUCGUUCGAAUCGGCGACGCGAGCGGACGUCAACCCUGGCUGGGGAAUGGACAUGGACCCCUUCGCUCAAAAGUUUGUUGACCUCAAGCUGAACGGAAGCUUUGAGGCGAACCCUGGCCCGUACAACAAGUUCAUCAAAGAAUUCGGGACGCACUACUUCGCGUCUGCCAAUUUCGGGGGCUACAUCCGGUCAGUUCUCGAAACGUCAACGAAAUAUUUCUACACCAAGAGUGAUAGCGACGCGCAGGCCAAUGCAAAAAUUUCAUUUCUAAACAUCCUGUCCAUUAGCGGGGGUCAGUCCACGUCUAGCGGAAAAUCGGACGAGAAUUUUCUUAAUUCGACAACGCAGACGGUAAGAUAUUACGGCGGCGACACCAACCUGCUGACCAACCAGGGGCUGAGCUCGUGGCAACCCACCGUUGAGAUCGACCCGUGGUUGUUCUCUGGACAUCUCAAGCCGAUCAGCGACCUUAUCGCGGACGACACCAAGAGGGAGGCCAUGGUGCAAGCUGUCGAAAACUACGUCAUGCGGAGUUUCUUGGAUGAGCAGGAGAGGCUGAUCCACACGGCCAGAUCCAAGGUGGAUGACGAGGUGCUGACGUCACUUAAAGCCAGGAUCGAUGAGAUGAAGAGGAAAUCUCUCCUUGACGAGACCGAGGUGGAAACCCUGGGCAGUGAGGUUGAAGAGCAGUUCCAAGUCCCCGGCUGGUUUGUGUCCAACACCAACUUCUGCUUCAAGUGGUGGGCGGACGGGAACGAAAAACAGUGCGGUGGCGGUGUCGCCAACACGCUGUGCGCCAAGCCCAACACCAUGACGGACGUCUACCGGGACACGACGGACACAAGGGGCGGGGGGUGCCGCAUGCAGUGGGGGAUCCACUCCAUGGGCUACCCG